AUGGCCUCCAUCGCCAAGACUCUGGCCGUCCUCGCUUUCGGCCUUGGCCUCCGUGUCUCCGCCGCCGGCUCCCGUGGCGGAAGCCUCGAUUUCUUCUCCGACGACAAGUGCCAACAUCGCAUCCAGGCCGAGACGGCGCCGAUUUCCCUCGACGUCUGCAUGCCGGCGUCGCCCCUCGGCGAGCUGUCGAGGAGCUUCCGUGUCGACGAGAAGCCGUACUGCCCCGACGGCAGCAGACCGUCGCUGCUCUUCUUCCAGGAUUGCGCCUGCACAGACGGCAUCGCGAACUACAUCCCCAACGCAAACUACGGCGACUAUGGCAACGGCUCGUGCCAGGCCAUGUGGGGUGGUGAAUACCUCAUGUUUGCGCUGUCCUGUGGCGAGUUCAAGGCUCCCGUGCGCUCUGUGAUUUCCUUUGCCGCGACGUUUCCCUCAUCAGCCACCACCACAAAGCCUCUCGGUUGCCCUCCUCUUACCAGUGACGCUUCAGCAACGGCUCCUUCUUCUGCGACUUCUGAUGCUUCUGAUACUGCUUCCGGAAGUGCUCAAGCAACUCCGACGCAGGGCUCCAGCUCCAGCUCCAGCUCCUCUUCGCAGCAAGGCGCUGCCAACGAUUCAUCUCCCUCUUCAUCGACUGGGACAAGAACAAGAGUCGUUCAGCCGACAGGCACAAGCUCUCAGGCAGCUGCGACGACGACAUCGGCCGCAAUGGGACGAUACUAUGAAAUGGGAACCAUGUACUGGGUCGGUUAUGCCGGAAUCUUUGGUGUUGUAUCAUUUCUGGCUCUGUAA